UUUUCUGUGUAGUGAUAAGAAGGUAAACAAGUCUCUUAAGGCGCAUUCAGCCCCAAGAUAACUUUUUCGAGAAAGAAACGGUGCAGUCCAAAGCCUCAGGUUUAACCACCGCCUCGGGGCUGAUUUAUUCCCUAAAGUUGGGAACUACCGGAAAACUUUUAUCAGUUCAGGGAGCGCAGGUUCUCACCGCCCCGCGGCGCGCACAUCCACCAGCACAGCAGCGGGGCUUCGGCGUGACUUGUACGGACUUGUCCAGAAGAUCCCCUCCUGUCUCCGGUCCCUCCAGCGACCCUCAAACCUCGCAGGCCCCGGGCCGCCCCCCGCGCCCACCCCUCUCUGGGCGGCGGACAGCGUCGCCCGGGAGCACCCGGAGCUGUUCCGCCUGCCCCGCGGGCUGGCCGCUCUAUAUCCAGCCCCAAGAAAAACGAGUUCCCCGGUUUCCUGAGAUCCCGCCCUCAGGGAAAGUCCUGGCAGCCCUGGUGAGCCGGCCUGUCAGAGGCCGGACAAGCCCGCCGCCCACGCGCGCAUCCCCGCCGCCCCCGGAGCUAAGUCCCGCGCCCGCCCGCACCGCGCGCGCCCAGUGGCCGAGCUGGGAGAGGCCCCCGCCCGGGCAGGAGGGGACUCACCAGUGGCCAGAGAACCCAGAUCUCGGACAUGGCUGUGGAGCAAUCGCCAAAGUGAAGGAGCCUCUCCAACUGGCACCCGAGCGGGUCACACACCCCGACCCCGUGUCGUAGCUCCAGCCAAGAUGUGUGAAGAAGAGGACAGCACCGCCCUGGUGUGUGACAACGGCUCUGGGCUCUGUAAGGCUGGCUUUGCUGGGGACGAUGCUCCCAGGGCUGUUUUCCCGUCCAUUGUGGGACGUCCCAGACAUCAGGGGGUGAUGGUGGGAAUGGGACAAAAAGACAGCUACGUGGGUGAUGAAGCACAAAGCAAAAGAGGCAUCCUGACCCUGAAGUACCCGAUAGAACACGGCAUCAUCACCAACUGGGACGACAUGGAAAAGAUCUGGCACCACUCUUUCUACAAUGAGCUUCGUGUUGCCCCUGAAGAGCAUCCAACCCUGCUCACCGAGGCACCCCUGAACCCCAAAGCCAACCGGGAGAAAAUGACCCAGAUUAUGUUUGAGACUUUCAAUGUCCCAGCCAUGUAUGUGGCUAUUCAGGCAGUGCUGUCCCUCUACGCCUCUGGACGUACAACUGGCAUUGUGCUGGACUCUGGAGAUGGUGUUACCCACAAUGUACCCAUCUAUGAGGGCUAUGCCUUGCCCCACGCCAUCAUGCGUCUGGACCUGGCUGGCCGAGAUCUCACCGACUACCUCAUGAAGAUCCUGACUGAGCGAGGCUAUUCCUUCGUGACCACAGCUGAGCGUGAGAUUGUCCGGGACAUCAAGGAGAAACUGUGCUAUGUAGCCCUGGACUUUGAAAACGAGAUGGCCACUGCGGCGUCCUCCUCCUCCCUCGAGAAGAGCUACGAGCUGCCUGACGGGCAGGUGAUCACCAUUGGGAACGAGCGGUUCCGCUGCCCAGAGACCCUGUUCCAGCCCUCAUUCAUCGGGAUGGAGUCUGCUGGCAUCCAUGAAACCACCUACAACAGUAUCAUGAAAUGCGAUAUUGACAUCAGGAAGGACCUCUAUGCUAACAACGUCCUCUCCGGGGGCACCACCAUGUACCCUGGCAUUGCCGACCGCAUGCAGAAGGAGAUCACGGCCCUGGCGCCCAGCACCAUGAAGAUCAAGAUCAUUGCCCCUCCCGAGCGCAAAUACUCCGUCUGGAUUGGCGGCUCCAUCCUGGCCUCUCUGUCCACCUUCCAGCAGAUGUGGAUCAGCAAACAGGAGUACGACGAGGCCGGGCCAUCCAUCGUCCACCGCAAAUGCUUCUAGAACACUUCCCUGCUCUCUGUCUCUAGCACACACUGUGAAUGUUUUGUGGAAUAAUGCCUUCAAUUCUUUUCCAAAUCAUUCCUAGCCAAAGCUCUGACUUGUUACCUAUGUGUUUUUUAAUAAAUCUGAAAUAUGUUACCUGUAA